GUUUCAUAUACUGCAACUGGAAUUUUUCAAGGACACAAAGGAAAGAUGAACGUCCAAGAUGGUACUGCCAUGAUGGACGAAGAUGUUCCGCUGCCAGGGUUUCGUUUCCAUCCCACAGAUGAAGAGCUUCUUAGUUUUUAUCUUCAACGAAAGGUUGACAAGAAACCCAUCAAAAUCGAACUCAUCAAACAGAUGGAUAUCUAUAAAUGUGAUCCUUGGGACCUUCCAAAGCCUAGCAGUGAGGGAGAGAGCGACUCAUAUUUCUUCUGCAAAAGGGGAAGAAAGUAUAGAAACAGCAUUAGACCAAAUAGAGUGACAGGAUCUGGGUUUUGGAAGGCAACCGGCAUUGACAAGCCUGUUUAUUCACAUGGAGGUGAAGGCCAUGUGUGCAUAGGGCUAAAGAAAACGUUAGUAUACUACCGCGGGAGUGCAGGAAAAGGAACCAAAACGGACUGGAUGAUGCAUGAGUUUCGCCUUCCCAGCAAUGAUAAUAACACAAGCCUUUCCGAUCCCCAAUAUGCCCAAGAAGCUGAAGUAUGGACCAUAUGUCGAAUUUUCAAGCGGAACGCAUCACAUAGAAAGUUAUACACACCAGAUUGGAGAGAAGUUGCUGCUAAACGUCAUUCGACUAACAGAACAAGCUCUCAAACAUUUACUGUGGAAUCCAAUAAUGUUGAGAAUUACAUAAGUUUCGGUGAUCCAAUCCUUCAACACCAAGCUGUUAAUCAAAUCAAUGGUAGAAGCCAAUGGCAUGCAGCAGCAGACCAAUUGAGCACCACGGCUCAACCUCUAUUAAUUGCACCAUCUUCAAGCUUUUCGAAUCCUGAAACGGACUUAGUUACUUACGCUAAUUGGGAUGAACUCAGAUCAGUUGUAGAGUUUGCUCUUGAUCCCUCUCUUCUGUAAAUGCCUUUCUAAUUAAUUAUAUGUUGUUGUAGUUGAAACUCACAUAUAUUAAAGAUAAGCACUAUGAGCAAAUAAAUGAAGUGUUCAAGCUGCAA